AUGGCAAAACAAAUGACAAAGUGCCUCGUCGUAGGCGCGGGACCGGUGGGUGCUCUUGCCGCUCUGUAUGCUGCAAAACGAGGAUGGGACGUAGAGGUGUACGACCUCAGAGGAGACCUCCGAGAUGACUCGACAACGCCACUCAACUUCACCAAAUCGAUCAAUCUUGCCCUAUCAGAACGAGGCAUCAAUUCCAUGCGGCAGUCUGGCGCUGACGGUCUGCUCGAGACUGUAUUGUCCGAAACAAUAGCAAUGUACGGCCGGAUGAUCCAUGGCGAGGACUCAAAAGGCUCUCUCACUGAAGAGAGCCAACUGUAUGACGUCCACGGACGUUACCAGAGAGCAGUAGAUCGUGGUGCUCUUAACAAAGUGCUGCUGGAUCAGCUGGAAGGACUACCAAAUGUCAAGCUGCUGUUCCAUCACAAGCUCACUGGCGCCGACUUCAGGAAGAAGAAAGCGUGGUUCGAGCGGCGUACUGCAUCCGAAAAGUCCAACGAACGACCGCAAGAACUUGAAGUUUCCUUCGAUCUCAUGCUGGGCUGCGAUGGCGCACACAGCGGCGUCAGAUACCACAUGAUGAAGGCCGUCCGCAUGGAUUACGAGCAGUCGUACAUCGACACGCUCUGGUGCGAAUUCACUAUCCCACCGUGGAGCUCGGAAACGGCAACCGGCAGAACGCCUUCUGCAAAGGAUCGCUUUCGAACAAGUCCAAAUCACCUCCAUAUCUGGCCUGGCAGCGAUAAAAUGUUUAUUGGCAUUCCUUCGACGGAUCGGACCUUCACUUGCACCCUCUUCGCCCCAUCGGCAACGUUCGCCGACCUAGAGAAGAAUCCUGAGCAAGUCGAUUCAUUCUUUAGAACCAAUUUCCCAGGCGCCGCUGAGCUAGUAGGGCCAGACCUUCGCAGACAAUUCGAGCAGAAUCCACAUCUCCCUUUAAUCAACAUCAAGUGCUCACCUCACCACUACGCAUCCUCUGGCGUCAUACUCGGCGACGCCGCUCACGCCAUGGUUCCCUUCUACGGCCAGGGUAUGAACGCCGGUCUUGAAGAUGUUCGUGUCCUCUUCGAACAUUUCGACUCCCACCCUACCACCGAAACCGGCCAACAGGCAGCCCUAGAAUCGUAUAACCGUGAGCGGGUUCCCGACGCACACAUGAUCAAUGACCUCGCCAUGGGCAACUACUGGGAGAUGCAUGCUGGCGUGCGUUCAAGAUGGUAUCUGCUCCGGAAAAGGAUCGAGGAGUUCCUGUCGGACAAGGUCCCGAGCUCUGGGUUUGAGACGCAGUAUAGUCGGGUCAGCUUCAGCAACCAGAGAUAUUCGGAGGUCGCGAAGGCUGUGGAGAGUCAGGGAAAGGUGUUGGCGAGAGGGUUGGUGGGAAGUGCACUGCUUCCUCUGGCUGUAUAUUUGGCUUGGUGGACAGUGAGACGACAACGCGGCGGGCAGGGUGCUCCGUUGCGGACCGCUUUUGAGAGCAUACAGAGCAUGCUUAUGAGGCUUGUGGGACGAUAG